GCGAGGACUUGCCCGACCUGGCCGAGUAUGCCUCGAUCAACCGGGCCGUGCCGCAGAUGCCCACGGGCAUGGAGAAGGAAGAGGAGUCGGAGGUUAUCAACCAGGGUAACCAUGGUUGAUUCUUUCCCUAAGUUAGGGCUGAAUCUAGAUUGGAAAUAAUUGAGAGAAUCAGUCUCCUGCAAGAGCAGCUGCAGAAAUGAAACAGUGGGUGGUAAUUGGAAGAUCCACUGAUCCAUGGAAGAGUUCGUCAGCGGUUGGUGGACUUCUGCUCUUUUUGAGGCUGGUGUUACCAUUCCCUGAUGGUAUGAUACAUUCACAAGACUAACAUCAACAAAAUAAAGUAUUAUUACACAAUAUCCUCAAAAACUAAAUGUGCAGCCCUCAUUCACUGAGAAAAUAUAUCCUGAAAUAAGUUUUAUCACAAAUGGAGUUGCCUUUAAGACUACUUGAAAGCUGCAACUGGUAGAAACCAUGACAGCCCAUGUGCUGACAGGUGGUAACUACCAAAGACACAUUUUAUCUGUGCUUAAGGCCCUGUAUUGGCGGCCAGUAGGUUUUAGAGUGCUCUUUAUGUCCUAUAAAGCCCUUUAUGGUUUUGUGCUGAGGUGGCUCCAGGACUGUAUUCUCCAGUUAGAACUGACACACCUUGUAUAUUCAUCACAAGUAAAACAUUCUUGACAAUCCUGCAUUUUUGUGAGAUUUGGGGGUGCAAAGCCAAAGACAAUGGCUAUAAUGGUCCCAAUAUUGUGGAAUAGCCUCCGUUUGACUAUCAGGCUUACCCCUCCCAUGUAGUAGCUUUCUGGGAAACAUUAAAAACUGAAUUGUUUUGAAAGCCCUUUAGUGAUUGAUGUCAUCUUACUGGUGUUGGCUGAUUUCUAGUUGUGUGGUUUUCUUUUAUAUCAUGUGUGAUUGGUAUAGUGAUAAUUAUAAUUUUGGGGGGUUGGGGUUGUUUUUUCUUACUGUGGACAUUUUGAUAUCUGUGGUUUUGAUAUUGUUUAAAUUUAACCAUGCAUGCUUAUUACUUACAUAUUAUAUUAUACCAUGGAUGUUUUAAUUUUGUUGUACAGAGUUGGCGACAUAUAAACCCAAUAAUAAAAAAAUAAAUGGAGGCCUAUGAACAUCAGACAAUAAAUUUCUUCCUUCUGUGUGCAGAUUUGACAUUUAGCUCCUUGUUUGUGGAUUGAUCUUACCGUUUCAUGUAACAACUUGAGGAACAUCAUCUCCAGCGGGCCAUUUCAGCACAGCAGGUAUAUGGAGAGAAGCGGGAUAAUAUGGUUAUACCAGUCCCAGAAGCAGAAAGUAAUAUUGCUUAUUAUGAAUCUAUAUACCCUGGAGAAUUUAAGAUGCCAAAGCAGCUUAUUCACAUACAGCCUUUUAGUUUGGAUGCUGAGCAACCAGAUUAUGAUUUGGAUUCAGAAGAUGAGGCCUUUGUGAAUAAGCUGAAGAAAAAAAUAGAUAUUUCUCCUUUGCAAUUUGAGGAAAUGAUAGAUCGACUUGAAAAAGGAAGUGGUCAGCAGCCAGUCAGCCUGCAGGAAGCCAAGCUACUCUUGAAGGAAGAUGAUGAACUGAUUAGAGAAGUAUAUGAGUACUGGAUUAAAAAGAGAAAAAACUGUCGAAGUCCCUCUCUUAUCUCAGCAGUGAAACAGGAGAAGCGUGAUGGUUCCAGCACAAAUGAUCCUUACGUUGCAUUUAGAAGGCGAACAGAAAAGAUGCAGACUCGAAAAAAUCGAAAGAAUGAUGAAGCUUCUUAUGAAAAGAUGCUUAAACUGAGGCGGGAUCUGAGUCGUGCAGUAACAAUUCUAGAAAUGAUAAAGAGAAGGGAAAAAAGCAAGAGAGAAUUACUGCAUUUAACAUUGGAGAUUAUGGAAAAGAGAUAUAAUUUGGGCGAUUAUAAUGGAGAGAUCAUGUCUGAAGUAAUGGUACAUCGACAGCCCAUGAAGCCUACCUAUCCUAUUCCUGUUAUUCCUGUUCCUAAUAGCACUCAGUUUAAACACCAAGAAAGUAUGGAAUUGAAGGAAUUUAAAAUAAACAAGCAAGAGAAAGCUGAUGCUAUACGACCGAAGAGAAAAUAUGAGAAGAAGCCCAAAAUUGUACCUUCAUCGGCUGCUAUUGCUACUCAACAGACAACUCCUGCUGCACUGCCAAUCUUUAAUGCUAAAGAUAUGAAUCAAUAUGACUUUCCCAGCUCUGAUGAAGAACCUCUUUCUCAAGUCUUGUCUGGCUCUUCUGAAGCUGAGGAAGAAAAUGAUCCUGAUGGGCCAUUUGCUUUCCGUAGGAAAGCAGGCUGUCAGUAUUACGCUCCUCAUUUAGACCAAACUGGUGACUGGCCAUGGAAUAAUCCUAAAGGGGGAACAUUAGGAGAUGAGCGUUAUAGAUAUUGCUUAACCACCCUUACUGUGCCACAAAGGUGCAUUGGGUUUUCACGUAGACGGGUUGGACGUGGUGGAAGGGUGCUCCUGGACCGAGCCUAUUCAGAGAACAACAGUGCAUUUUGCCAGCUGGAUUCAGAAAUACUUUCCUCACAACUACACUCUUCAGUCAAUCAAUUUGCCAAUACCUCAGAAACAAAUACCUCGGACAGAUAUUUCUCUAAAGACCUCAGUCAGAUACUUGUCAAUAUCAAAUCAUGUAGAUGGCGGCAUUUUAGGCCUCGGACACCAUCCCUACAUGACAGUGACAGUGAUGAACUUUCCUAUAGGAAAUUACACAGGAGUGUAAAUCGAGCAGGCACAGCACAACCUGGGACCCAGACAUGCAGUACCUCUAUACAAAGUAAAAGUAGCAGUGGUUCAGCACACUUUGCAUUUACAGCCGAACAAUACCAGCAUCAUCAACAGCAACUGGCACUAAUGCAGAAACAGCAGCUUGCACAAAUUCAUCAACAGCAAGCAAAUAGUAAUUCUUCUGCGAACACUUCACAGGGUUUUAUUUCCAAGACAUUGGAUUCUGUCAGUGCUCAGUUUGCUGCUUCAGCCUUGGUUACAUCAGAACAGCUCAUGGGAUUCAAAAUGAAGGAAGAUGUGGUGCUUGGAAUUGGGGUGAAUGGCAUCCUUCAAGCCUCAGGAGUAUAUAAGGGCUUACACUUCAGUAGUACUACGCCUACAGCACUUGUACAUACAAGCUCAUCAACAGCAGGUUCAGCCUUGUUACAGCCUUCAAAUAUAACACAGACUUCAAGUUCCCACAGUGCACUGAGUCACCAAGUAACUGCUGCCAAUUCUGCAACAACUCAGGUUCUGUUUGGGAACAACAUUAGAUUAACUGUACCCUCAUCUGUUGCCACUGCAAACUCUAUUAAUACGCUCAAUGCAAGGCACAUACCUAGGACUCUAAGUGCUGUUCCAUCAUCUGCCUUAAAGCUGGCUGCAGCAAACUGUCAGGUGCCCAAGGUGCCAGCCUCAUCCUCUGUGGACACAGUACCAAGGGAAAACCAUGAAACAGAAAAGUCAGCACUGAACAAUAUAGCAGACAAUACAGUAGCAAUGGAGGUGACGUAGUUUCUGUAGUAAUGAAACUCCAACCUUUGGGAACUUGUUUAGGUGCUAUGCAUCAGUAGCAAUUUGAAUGCAAGGGAUGAUGGAAUGCAGCAUAUUGUAUUUCCAUGGCAGCUGUGGGGACUUGACAGCAAUGCACAUCUCUCAUGCUUUGGUUUUUCUAUUCUUACUGUUAAUAGGAAAGAAUCAACAUCUGUAAAUUAAGACUACAGCAAUUAUCUGUACAGUACUGCGUAUUUGUAAUACCCUUGUAUAUAUGUUACUUGAAUACAGAACCGUUCAUUUGUGAUGCUUUGCACUUGGGGCGGGGGGGAGGGAUAAUUGCAACAAAGUAAGAGUGUAAGAAGUGAGAUUGUAUAGAGAUGAAGUGUCAUGACAUCAUGUGCAUGGUGCGGAACCUGCUGUUUUAUCUAUUUAUUGUGCCGUGUUUACAGUUUUUUGUACACUGUACCUUCAUUGGUUCCUGUGCUGUAGUAAAUGUGUUAGGUAGCUGUGGACUCCUUGGUAUUUUGUAAAUGGUAUUAACAUAACUUGGUUCCCCCUCUGGGUCCUUGAGUUUUUUGUGUAUCAUGUGAAAAAUGGUGACAUACAUACAGAACUUUUUAAAAGGCAUCAGUUUAAAAAUGGGGAAUGUACUACUCAAUAGGAUCUUCCUGUUCUAAAAUCACAAGGCAAGUAACAAGCUAAAAAUGAAGUCUCAUGGAUUCUAUCAACUGACUAGCUCACAAGCAUGUGUGCAGUUUCUGGUACUUAAAGCACUAAACUUAUGUUGCUGCUCUUCAUAUAGUCCCCUCUGUUGUCCCAUUUUCUUAUGCACCAAAAUAGUGGUGGCAAAUCAAGUAUGCAAAUGGAGUCCUUACAACUGGAGUUUUACGUUGUCUUGCCAUUCUUUUGAUCACAAAUUAUAUUUUUUUAUUGUGUAAUUGUUAUUAAAGACUUCAUUCUUCACUUGUUCUUAAAAAAAAGGCUAUAAGGGAAAAGAAUGCAGUAAUUGCUGUACGUGUCUCAUCAUUCCAGUUUCUGAAAACAGCCAGCUUUUUUUUCCCCCUUCCUUUUAAGAUUCUCCAAAAGGCUGCAAGGCCAGAACCACAACUGUCGGGUGCCUUCCUUUGGAAAUAUUUGCCCUCUCUUCUGUGAAGAGAAUGGUACUUAGGACUCUACUACUAGUGCUUUGUCAGUACCGGUCUGAAUGCCCACUCUGAUGGCGUACAUUAUCCUUAAGGUUUUUAAUCCCACCUGGAAAUUGUGAUAGAACUCUCACAAAAUAAACCCAGGGCAUUACAUGUUGA